AUGAACCAUUUCCGCGCCUCACCUCCGCCUUCACGCUCAUUCACUCCUCAUAUUGGUAUGCCUAGACAUGGACGUCAAGACUCUCGGUCGUCGCUGCGGCUACCGCCGUUCUUCAAGCGGCUCUUCAAGUUCCCGCAAAUGGACUUUGAGAUGGCCACAUGGGAAAUGACAAACCUUAUAAUUGCGCCAAAAAAGGUCUUCAAAUCUAUAUAUCACCAUGUACAAACCAAAAACUCUUGGUCGCGUGAUGAUCCUUCUUUCAUUGUCCUCCUGACCUUCUUCCUAACACUCUCCUCCUUCGCGUGGGGUCUCGCAUAUACACCGGCUUUUACGUCAAUACUGCGUUUAUCAUUCUCGAUGGUCUUUAUGCAGUUUCUUGUCACAUCUUUGCUGUUUGCGACAGCGGGAUAUUUUCUUGCCGGAAGGUUUUUGAAGGUCCAGGGUGCUGGAGGGCUCGGGAGGGGAGGCAUUGUUGGUGGGGAGGGUGAAAUCGAAUUUAUGUAUUGCUUUGAGAUCGGCGUGAGGGCAUUCUUCCCAGUCUGGAUAUGUGAUCCAGUUCUUGAUGAUGCCGAUACUGACAAGAGACUAUUGGAUUUCAACAUUCCUUGGGAAUUCUCUAUAUCUGAUAGCAUUCUCCUACUAUUGUGUUAUCACAUUCAUGGGUUAUAA